UGCGGAGUUCUAAGACAGUCGUGUGCCUUCUCCCUGCGGCGGUUGUCCACGGAGACUGCCGCUUCCACAGAAUAUCGCCUGGCGGAAGUGAGCAAAGUUGGCGAUUUCAUAAAGCGAUGUCUGGUCGCAGCGGGAGCGACGGAAUCUGGCGCCGCCACGCUCGCGUCGACUCUGGUCCACGCGGACGUCCGCGGCCACUUCAGCCACGGUCUAAACAGACUAGGUAAGUCUGUACUGCGUGGGAAACAGCACCUGCAACAGUCGGUGGUCCAUAAUCCGUAGAGAUGUACUGUAACGAGGUGAAGUCGGGGCAAUGCGAUGGUAGAGCAACUCCGUGUGUGGUAAAGGAGACGUAUGCUACUGCUCUGGUUGACGGUCGGAACGGCAUUGGUCCAGUUGUUGGUGAAUUUUCGAUGGACUUGGCAAUUGCAAAAGCGAAAGAGGCAGGGUGUGCGUGGGUCACUGCUACAAGAUCGAAUCACUAUGGGAUUGCUGCACACUACACCUUGAGGGCAGUGGAGGAAGGACUCAUUGGAAUUUCUGCCACAAACACUUCUCCACUGGUAGUACCCACAAGAGCCCAACAGUGUGUGUUGGGUACCAACCCAAUCUCGUUUGCGGCUCCGUCAAAGAAAGAUUCGUUUGUUUUGGACAUGGCAACAUCCACUGCUGCCAUUGGCAAGGUGGAGGUACAGGCGAGGAAAGAGCUGCCUAUUCCCGGUGGUUGGGGCGUGGACUCAACAGGAAACGAAACUCGCGAUCCUCACAGAGUGCUGGACGGAGGUGGCCUAAUGCCGCUUGGUGGAAUGGAAGCGACUGCUGGCUACAAGGGCUACGGCCUUGCCAUGAUGGUGGAACUGAUGUGUGGGACGCUGGGAGGAGGCAUGUACGCCCACCACAUCCGCAAGUGGACCAGCACAGAGCACCGCCCUGCUGACCUGGGGCAAUCCUUCAUUGCUGUCGACCCCGAGGCCUUUGCUCCUGACUUCCAGACCAGACUCGAUACGUUCAUAGAAGAGAUGAGGCAACUUGAACCAAGCCAGUGUGGAGAGCCAGUGCUGGUAGCAGGAGACCCCGAGAGGGCUCACAUGCAAAAGGUGAAGGAAGACGGAGGCAUUCUCUAUCACAGAAAUGUCUUACAGGCCAUGGAGACAUUAGCUGAGUGGUUGAAUGUUGCAAAACUGGACACAAGCACAACACAACAUUAGUUCAUCUAUUUUUUCCAGUAGUCCCAUAUGUGUGUGUUAUGGAGGUCCUGUUUGUAUGGGAAGAUCAUAUAUUUUCUCAACUAUAUUUUAUAGUGAUAUACUUACACGAUGUUUGAGGUAUGACAUUACCAUCGUCCAUACAAAGUCUAUUGCAUUCUGAAAGAUGACUCUCAGGACGACUGGAACGUAGCGAAAGUUUAUUAUCUGCACUGCAGGCCAUACCAGAAGCUCCAACUCGACAGUUGUUGAAAAUUUCUGCUUUGUUUCAGCCGCGGCCUCUCGCCAACUCUUGCCCUCCAGUUUGCACAUGAGCGUGUAGAAGAGGACGAUACCUACGGGCAGGUACAUAAGACUGUCCAGGGCGACUUUCUUUGCGACGGCCGCGGCGUGCGAGCCGGGGAAGCGGGAGUCGAGGAAGCGGUACCAGCAGUGGUCGACUGGUCCCAGCAGUAGUCCGGUCGUCCCCAUCCGCAGAGUCCGCGGCCAGUCGUGAGGCUGGAUGCUCUCAACCCCGCACUGCUCUACCGCGUCGGCCAGACCGUCCAGAGUGCCCGCGGAGACGGUGUUGGUCACAAUCAGGUACCUUCCCAGCAGGAGGCGGCGAAGGUAGACUGUAUGACGAGACAUGCCAUCUCCUCAGAACUUGACGCAAACAGAACACGUGAAAGCUGCAGCACACG